GAAAGAGCGAGCGAGCGAGAGAGAAGGAGCGCAAGGAAGGAAGGAGGAGCGCUAGGAGACCACAGAGCAACAGGGCCCCUGUGCUUUCUUCCUGAAGAUGCCGAAUCCACGGGGGAGCAGCUGCCUCUGGGCCGUCCUUGGAGUUCUGCUCAUCCACUCCGUGGCAGGAGCUCGCGGCCACUGCUGGGACAGCGGUUGGUGUCGGGACAUGGACACCGAACAGGAGAUGAUGGAGUGCCUCCGGGCCUGUAGAAUGAGCCUCUCCGAAGAGUCUCCAGUCUACCCAGGCAACGGCCACAUGCAGCCCCUUUCUGAGAACAUCCGGAAGUACGUCAUGAGCCAUUUCCGCUGGAACAAGUUCAACAGGAGCAAUGACAGCGCCUCAGGCCCGAAGAGGGGAGACCUCCUCAGCGGGCGAGGUUCUCUGGGGGCCCUCGUCCCGGCGUCUUCCGAAGAGCAAGAAAGCUGGGAAGGAAGUGACCCCGGAUACAUGGAAAGGCAGGAAGGCAAGCGGUCCUACGCCAUGGAGCAUUUUCGGUGGGGCAAGCCGGUGGGACGGAAAAGGAGGCCCAUCAAGGUGUACCCCAAUGGAGUGGAAGAGGAGUCCUCUGAGGUGGAUCCCCAAGAAGUCCGAAGGGACCUUUCCUGGAACAUGGACUACCCCGAACUCGACUCUCUCGAAGAAAAGAGGGACGGCGAAGGCUCCAUGUCGGAGGAAGAGGCCCCGGAGGCGGCCAAGAAGGACAGCCCGUACCAGAUGGGCCAUUUCCGGUGGAGCGCCCCACCGCCAGCCGCGGCCAAGAAGAAGCGCUACGGCGGCUUCAUGACCUCGGAGCGCAGCCCCAUGCCCUUAGUGACUCUUUUUAAGAACGCCAUUAUCAAAACAGCGUAUAAGAAAGACCAAUAAGCGGGAUGGGGGAUG